AUGGCAUAUGUUGAGAACUCGAUUGGUCAUUGUGACGAGGUGGCACCCGUCCCCCUCGCGCCGCCACGAUCCUCGGAAAUCAUCUCCAGAACCAAGGCAGGGCCGUGUGGUCCAUCUCUCAACCUGCUCCUUGAGCACUACUUUCAUCAUGGACCGGGCAAAGAUUCGCCUGAGGAGAUCGCGCCAAAGGCCGCCGCAUCUGCCCUCAAUGCAUCACUCAGCAACUACCUCUACUACCGCUACUUCCGCUGGAGGCAUCGAACCAAGCUCUUCGUUCUUCAAGGAAGGAACGUCAUGUACGCUCCUAUAUUCAGCAAGCGCCACAAACCGGGAAUUUCAGCUAAAGCAGUGCCGUCAACGUUGGGCACCCUGCCCACCCGCCUGCAGCUGGGUCUUCUUGUUUGGGCUACUUUACUUUGCUCACGUGCCUCUCGUAUCGACAUCCCCUUUGCAGCCACUUACGAUGAUGCCGCCAGAGCCUUUAGAAACCGAACUGGUGUCCUUGCUGUCGUCAACAUGAUUCCCUUGUUCCUCAUGGCCGCCAGGAACAAUCCUCUCAUCAAUCUUCUGGGUAUCUCAUUCGACACGUUCAAUCUUCUCCAUCGUUGGUUUGGUCGCAUUGUCAUCCUCGAGGCUAUUGCCCACACGAUGGCAUUCAUGUCCGCUCAAGCCCACUCGAAAAGCUGGGAGGCUGGCUUCCAGACCGUUCUCGCUGUACCGUCCUUCUUCUGGGGCUUCCUAGGAACGUGUGGUUUCUGCGCCAUCUUCAUCCAGGCUUGGAGUCCUAUCCGACACGCCUUUUACGAAAUAUUCAAGCUUCUGCACAUUGUCCUCGCCAUUCUCGCUGUCAUGGGAACGUGGUAUCAUCUCCACCUCAAGGAUCUCCCGCAGCUUCGCUACUUGAUUGCCGCCAUUGUCAUCUGGGCCGUGGACCGUCUUUGGCGUGUUUUCAGGGUCAUAUACGGCAACUUCGGCCGAGGUGGCAGCCAAGCGCUCGUCGAGGCACUUCCAGGCAAUGCUGUGCGUGUAACCGUCAACAUGGCCCGACCAUGGACCUUCAGGCCUGGGCAACAUGCCUACAUGUAUAUGCCGUCACUCAGUUACCUGCAAUCGCAUCCAUUCUCUGUGGCCUGGAGCGAAGACGCCGAGGACCUCAGCUCCGAGAAGCUUACCAUGAACCGGCAGGAUAUUCUGGAGAUGCGCAAGACUACCAUAUCAUUUGUUAUCCGAGGAAGAACAGGGUUCACCAACACGCUCCUCCAAAAGGCAUCGGCGUGCCCACGUGGCCAGAUGCACACAACCUGCAUGGUUGAAGGGCCGUACGGCGAGUUGCACAACAUGAAGUCUUAUGGCACUGUCAUGUUGUUUGCUGGUGGUGUCGGGAUCACACAAGCAGUGCCUCACGUGCGAGAUCUCGUCAUCGGCUACGCGAAUGGAACUGUGGCCACGAGGCGCAUUACAUUGGUGUGGGUCAUCCAGAGCCCUGAACAUCUUGAAUGGAUCCGGCCGUGGAUGACACAAAUCUUGGCCAUGGACAAACGCCGAGAUGUCCUCCGCAUCAUGCUUUUCGUGAGCAGGCCCCGCUCGAGCAAGGAAAUACACAGCCCCUCUGCCACGGUUCAGAUGUUUCCUGGCAGACCCAACAUUGAUACUCUGUUGGCUGCUGAGAUGGAGCAACAGGUCGGUGCCCUGGGGGUUACCGUUUGUGGACCUGGUGUUCUCAGUGAUGACGUGCGACGCGCUGUGCGGCGCUCGCCAGUAUGAUGGCGAGAUUGACUUCGUGGAGGAAGCUUUCUCUUGGUAACGCCAACAAGGGUCAUUGUUUGUUGUCUUGCUUCAGGGGGCAAGACAGAAUCUCGUUCCGACUAGUGUAGAGACGACACGGGCGGGUUACUUUGUACAUAUAGGGACUUUUUGUAUCCAACCUAGGCCAUGUCAUGGCUAUGCUUGUGCCUCUUCCAAUGACGACAUU